AUAAAGAAAUUAUAAUUCUAAUUCUAAUUCUAUAUUUUCAGAGUUUAUUUAAAAUGAGUGCAAAAAGAAUAUGUGUUGGGGGAGACCAACAAACCUCUGAUGAUGGUAACAAGGAUCAAAAAAAAGUUGUUAACAAUUCACUAGAUUACGACUCAUUAGCGAAAAUCAUUAUGCUACUGCCAAUAGCAGAACGAAUAGAAAUGGAAAAAGUUUGUACCAAAUGGAAAGAGGCAUGUCAACUAGCUUGGUAUGACAUUAAAAAAUACAAAUGUGAAUUAUCAAUUGGACGCUCUUAUGAUAACCGUUUGUUGACACAACAAUACCUCGAGAAAAUAUUAUUAAUGUGUGGUAUUUAUUUGAACGAAUUGUCUCUCUCAGAUGUUUGCAAAGCAAGUAUUAUGCCAUUUGUUGGUGAUCACUGUAAAAAUUUAACAAGUCUUGAAUUACCAUCUAUUCCUGGGGGCCCACUUUCUUUUCCAUCUGUUCUUGAUGAGUUAUCAAAAUUGCAAUAUCUUGAACAUCUGAAUUUGCGUGCGGCAAAAAAUCUUGAAGAUAGUACAAUUAUUGCUAUUGGUAAUAAUUGUAAAUACCUAAAAAGUUUAGAUAUCCAAGAUUGCAUUGCUAUUACUGAAACAGCUCUCGUUACUUUGACAAACUUGGAAAAUUUACAAAAACUAAACGUACGUUCUCUUAAUAUUACAGACGACUUUAUUAUCAAAUUAAAAGGAUUAAAAGAAUUACAUUGUAAUGGUUGCAAGAAACUCACUAAUGCUGGUAUCAUUCAACUUAUAAAAAAUAACCCAGAUCUUGAAGAGAUUAGUGUCAGGGAUACUGAUAAAUUAGAAGAGGAUAGCUCUGAUGAAAGAUGUGCUGAAUCAUUAAAAAAUUUUCUAUUUAGAUUUAGAUGA